CAGCGUCAGCUGGCGGAGAGGACUCACUGAGAGAGAGAGAGAGAGAGAGAUCAAGCAGCAGCCGUCGUCCCACACGCUGCCAUGGUCUCAUCGACGAACACCUUAGCGAAAGCACUUCCUUUUUCUCCUUCGGGUGUCAAACUUUAAACAGAAGAAGAACUCGCAGCGCUGCGGGAUGCCACGACCCCAGUGAACAGGGCGACAAACAAGGUGGAACGGAAAGUAUCGACCGCACGGAAACCACAAAGAAGAAGAAGCAGCAGCAGUUGGUUGCUCUUUUUUUCACCCUCGAAAGGAAAGACGGCAUCCGGCCUGAGAAGAACAAGCUCCGAGGUCGGGGACUCCGGUCGGAGCAGCGCCAAUCGCUUCUGGCCUCCCCUUCCUGAGAGCUCCAUGGAGAAGAUGAAGCGCUUCAAGCGCCGUCUCAGUCAGACGCUGCGUGGCAGCCACACCAUUGACGAGUCCCUGUCUGAGCUGGCCGAGCAUAUAACCAUAGAGGAGAAUGGUCUGAAGGACAACGAGCCUAUAGUGAGGAACGGGCGUCCUCCAUCGGCCCACAGCGUCCACUCUUUUCUUCACCAAUACGCAGGCUCUUUCAAAAAGCCUCCACUGCGACGGCCACAGAGCGUCAUCGGAGGGGGUCUGGGCUCGCUCAUGGUCAUGCCUCGCAAUGGCAGUCGCCUUGAUAUCGUCCACGAAAACCUGAAAAUGGGGUCAGAUGGGGAGAGCGACCAAGCGUCUGGGACGUCCUCCGAUGAGGUGCAGUCGCCCACGGGUGUUUGUCUGAGGAACCGAGGGAACAGACGCAUCUCUGCAGAGGACCUGAACAAGCGCCUAUCCCUGCCCGCUGAUAUUCGGAUACCUGACGGCUACCUGCAGAAGCUGCAGCUCAACAGCCCGCCCUUCGACCAGCCUCUGAGCCGGCGCUCCCGCAGAGCAUCUCUGUCGGAGAUUGGAUUUGGGAAGCUGGAGUCCUACAUCAAACUAGACAAACUUGGGGAGGGUACGUACGCAACAGUUUACAAGGGGAGGAGUAAGCUGACGGACAACCUUGUGGCGCUGAAGGAGAUCAGACUGGAACACGAAGAGGGGGCGCCGUGCACAGCUAUCAGAGAAGUCUCCCUGCUGAAGGACCUCAAACACGCCAACAUCGUAACGCUGCACGACAUUGUGCACACGGACAAAUCCCUCACGCUGGUAUUUGAAUACCUGGACAAGGACCUGAAGCAGUACAUGGACGACUGCGGGAACAUCCUGAGCAUGCAGAAUGUCAAGAUAUUCCUUUUCCAGAUCCUCCGAGGCUUAGCCUACUGUCACAGACGGAAGGUCCUGCACAGAGACCUGAAGCCCCAAAACCUGCUCAUCAGCGACAGGGGGGAGCUCAAACUAGCAGACUUUGGUUUAGCCAGAGCCAAGUCUGUGCCCACAAAAACCUACUCCAACGAGGUGGUGACACUGUGGUAUCGGCCCCCCGACGUGCUGCUGGGCUCGUCUGAGUACUCCACGCAGAUAGACAUGUGGGGUGUGGGCUGCAUAUUCUAUGAGAUGGCUGCAGGCAGACCCCUGUUUCCAGGCUCCACGGUGGAGGACGAGCUGCACCUCAUCUUCAGGCUGUUAGGCACACCCACAGAAGACAGCUGGCCGGGAAUCUCCUCCAUCGAGGAGUUCAAGUCCUACAAGUUCCCAAAGUACAAGGCUCAGCCCCUGAUCAAUCACGCGCCGAGGCUGGACAAUGAUGGACUCGACCUCCUGAUGUCGUUCCUGAAAUUUGAAUCUAAAAAGAGGGUUUCUGCCGAUGAAGCCAUGAGGCAGCCGUACUUCAGGAGCCUGGGGCCGCGUGUGCACACGCUGCCAGAGAAUAUGUCCAUAUUUACACUGAAGGAGGUGCAGCUGCAGAAAGAUCCGGGCUACAGGAACUCCUCACACCCGGAAUCAGAGUCAGGAGAAGUAAUGGAGGAUGCAUUGGAUGAAUGAAAUUAAGUGAACACUAACAAUAUACAUACUUUUAUUAAAUAAAACAGAAGAAAAAGAGUCAAUCGAUGUGUAGAAGAAGCAAAAAACCAGAUGAGAUUCUUUACCUCAAUCUGCCCAGGCAUCAAACUGUCUUCACCAUUGUCUCCCACUGCAUUGUGGGAUUUGUAGUGAAGUGGUGUGUGUUGCAAGUCGAAACAAUCCUAUCUGAACCCCCCCCUUUUUUCCUGGGUUUCGUCAGGUAAUGGGAAGAACAGAAGACAAAGCAUGCUGUUUUAAUAUUUCUGGACGGGUUGGGUCCUGUGGGGAGGAUCUCCCAGCUGUGUACGGUCUCGCAGACGGAUCAGGACCCAGAGAUGGACUUUUCUUUUCUUUUUUUUUUUUUUUUUGGCAUGGAUGGAACAUCAGGAUCAUCAUCACUCCAACCAAACUGUUUUAGGGGGGAGAAACUCCGCCCGUUGCUUCUGAGUUUGGUCCAAGUCUGACUCCAGUGAGAGACGAUUAUGUACUGUACAUGGAUAUUUAUUGAGAGAGGAGAACGUGCUGCUAAAUCUGACUACUGUCUAGAAUUCUAACUGGCUCAGUCACUUUAAUAACUACAUGCAAUGUGUAUAGAUUUUUAUUUUUAUUUUUUUUUUUCCAAGUAGUGGAUUGUUUUUAGUUGUUUUUUGUGUUACAUUUUCGUACAGAGAAGUGUGUUUGAGGCUCACGGUCACGGUGAUGUUUGUGUAGCAGCUCAGCGGGGUGGAUGUUGGGUCCGUUGCCCCCCCCCCUCUCCAGUGCAGCGGUGAGCUCCUCCCACGUGGAACCAUCACUGGCGCCGUCUGCUUUAAUAAGCGGCGGCUUUCAUCCUGACGGUAGGCCGGUACCGGAGCGGAGCUGCUGAAAGGAAAAAUCCACAUUCUUGUCUGAGGCCUGCGUAUCAUUCCGGGAUGCUGAGGUCUCAGCCGUGACCAACAAACGCAGACAGAGGCUGGCGAGGGCAUUAGAGCAAGAGAUUAGGAAUGAUGUGCAGUUAGGAUUAACCUCCACAUGGUUUGUUUUUCCAUCUAGACCCCUCACAAAGAGGAGGAGCAACCACAGUCUGCUUUUGUGCGUCAUUCCCAUCUCCAUCGAGUAAAAAAUCUUCUUUUUCCCUAGAUUGCCUCUGUUGUUGUUGCAUGCCUGCUCUGUCGUGUGACGGUCACUGAAGCCCCGCCCCUAACGAGUCUCUUCUGUUUAACAGUGUUAUCUGACGUUUUGUAUUUUCUUUAUUUGUGAAUAAUUAUUUGUGUGGGAUUUUGUCUCCCUCUCCUCCCUUCCUUUGUUUUUUUAUUUUAUUUUUUUGGAGUUUUAUUUUCAAAGUAAAGAAAUUAAAUUUAAAGUUGA